AUGGGACUAAACUACGCAGUAACAACGACACCAAACAUCGAGAACACUAUCAUCGACAUGGAAACAGCAGUUAGCAUCUGUGAUCUCCAACCCUCCCAAAUAAACCACGCCAGAACAACAGUCGCCGAGGUCAUCAAGGAGAAUCAUCAUCAAAAGAAGAGGAACCCUGAAGUCCGCAUCGUCAAGGAACUGAAAGAAAAACCAGUAUACUACGUGAAGGCAGACAAAGGUAACAAAGUGGUUAUAAUGAACAAGGAGGACUACGAUCACCAGAUGUUAGAAAAAAUCAACAACGGCCCAUAUAGACAACAAAGAAUUGACCCACUACCCGAAAUAGUUAAGCGAGUUAAUCGUACAAUUAAAGAAUGCCAACCUACGCUAGGAGACGAUAUCGGAAAAUUACGAACUUCAAACCCUACAUUACCCAGAAUAAAAGGACAACCCAAAAUACACAAACCGGGAACGGAAAUGCGGGAAAUAAUCACGGCAAACGGAUCACCCACGGAAAAGAUUGCCAAGUGGUUGGUAACCGAGUUCCAAAGAAUGCCUAUAAAAUUCCCGAGCCGUUCUGUCAGUAGUACACGAGAAUUCGCCCAGUACCUAAAAACAUCGGGAGAACUAGCAGAAGACGACAUAAUGGUCUCUUUCGAUGUUACGGCCUUAUUCCCAAGCGUCCCCGUGAAAGAAUCGAUAAGCCUCUUGGAAGACUGGCUAUUGAAACAGCAUGAGGAUAACGCAUGGAGAAAAAAGGUGGGAGGAUAUUUGAAGCUGACCCGGUUGUGUAUGGAGGAGAAUUACUUCACAUUCAGGGACAGUUAUUACAAACAGCUAAAAGGUGCACCAAUGGGCAAUCCUUUAUCACCGUUUCUGUGCGAACUAUUCAUGGCUAACCUUGAAAACAAGCUGGAACAAGACCAAGUACUCCCAACAAGAUGGUGGCGCUACGUCGACGACAUUUUUAGCAUCAUCAAAAAAGGAGAGCUGGAAACCAUUCUAGCAGCCAUGAACGGUCACAGUUGCGUCGGGCAUAUCUGUACCGGUUCGCCUUGUCGGGCGCUUUGGAAGCACAAGGACGAGCACAACGAGCGAUUUACCGUUAGUACAUUUGGGCUUGUUGGCCCAACAAUCGGACACCCAAUUUCUUCGUCGAUGUGA